UCUCCAGUGUUGACGAUACUGCUCCCCCGCAUACUUGUGACAGAUCGCUGUCCCCUCUCUACACGUGCGGCACUUCCGCGCUGUGCUCCCAGCCCACAAUACGUUUCUGCAUGUAGAAUGACAUUUGCGUAAAUGUGAACUCUUGCAACGUGCUCAUGUAGUGCAGAUUUCAAGCGCUUUCAGCUAUAGUGUUUCUUAAGGACAACGGUGUUUUUAAAAUGCCGCAGUGGCAUUUAUAUCCGAAAAUUAGAGGACUCGUCUUAGGCGACAAAUUCCGAAGUGGGAAAAAGGAAACCAAGAUGAAAACUCACCACCUCGUUACUUGCUUCUUGUUUUUAAUAUUCGCAGGUGGUGAGGCGAGGGUGGUGUCCGUCCCCGAGGGGCCCCUGGUCCGAGUGGAGGGCCAACCACUGUCACUGCGCUGCAAUGUGUCUGAGUAUGAGGGCCCCUUGGAGCAGGUGUUUGAAUGGCAGGUGUUUCAAGAGAGCAAGUCCUUCCAGCUCAUCUCCUUCAUGGAGUCCAGUUACACCGAUGCCCGUUUUGCCAAGCGUGUGACUGACGGCGAUAUCUCCUUGCUGAGGCUGGCUGACAGUGCGGCGGAGCUGAGGAUCAGGGCACUCAGGGCCUCAGAUAGAGGAACCUACACCUGCAGCACUCCAAGCACCGACAUGUCCGUCAGCGGCAACUACCAGGCCAGCGUGCUGCUGGAUGUGAUUAAGGACAGCCUCCAGGUGCUGUCCAUGGUUCCUCCAGCUGAGAUUCCAGAGGGCGAUCCACUGAAUAUUCACUGCAUUGCCACAAGGGACUUGAAGCAGAACACUUAUCUUUCUGUGACCUGGUCUGUCAGGAGGGGCACAGCCCCCCCAGAAGACAUUGUGACCCUUGGACCUGAUGGGGAUCACAGGGUGGGUGCCGGCUACAUCCAGCGCCAUGCGGACAUGGGGCUUUUCCCACAGACAAUGAAGGGCAACAUCUUCAGCCUGGUGCUGACUGAGACACGACCCAGCGACGAGGGGCAGUAUACCUGCACAGCGAGGGAGUGGGUUCCAGAGCGGGGAGCACUUUGGCAGCCCAUCCUGGAGAAGAGUGCAGAGCUUGGUCUGCUGAAGAUCAUACCUAUUGCUGAGUCUUUGGAAGUCUUCUUGGAGAAGAACGCUACCCUGAACUUGGAUGAUACUCUUCACUUGACCUGCUCUGUCGCAUUAAACAAUCAAGUGAACAUUGCUUUGGAGGUCACAUGGCUGGUUGGACCUGGCAAAGAUGGGUCUAAUAUGUCUAGGAUUCUGGCUCACAUGAAUCAGGAUGGAGUGCUGGCAAAUGGAUCAGGCCCUGGGGAGAUCAGCCGGACAGGAGUCCUUCAGUUCCAGCUGCUGCUGCGCCAUGUGGAUCAGUCCGACUCAGGGUUUUACUCCUGCAAGGUCCUGGCUUGGCUCAGACAGAGUGGUGGGCGCUGGGUUCAAGCAGCAGAGAAAACAAGUCACCCUGUUCACAUUUGGAUCACCACAAUGGCAAAUUUCAAUGUGACUUUAAGUAGUCCCGUGACGCCGCAGAUUCUGGGUCAGCCCAUGGUGCUGGUGUGCCAGAUGAAUGGGGAACCUCCCCCAGCUGAUGCUCGGCUGGGUGUCACUUGGUACCAUCAUUCUGGUACCAUUGCUGACACAGGCAUAGCACCUCAGCCCAUCGCUGCCCUAGAUGAGCAAGGUGACCUAGUGUUGUGGGAUGACUACCGCCCCCUGUUGGAGCAAGGGCAUAUAGUUCUGUCAAAAGUCAAACCACGCAAUUUUAGGCUGCACUUCCAGCAGAUCCAAGACUCAGACCAAGGAACAUACCACUGUGCCAUCUCAGUUUGGACCCGUGUUCGGAAUGGGGGUUGGACCAAAAACCAGGAGGUCCGCUCUGAGAAGUUAAGCAUCAAAUGGGGAAGUAAAAACCCGAGGCUCUAUGUUGUGGCCCAUCGUUUGAAAGAGGCCUCCAGAGCUGGGGCCACGUUUGAGAUGAGCUGCCAGGUGAUUUCACAGAAUUUGCUGGACCCAGGGUACUCUGUUCUGAUCAGGAUGGAGGAGUCCAUCGGAACCCAGCCCCGGAAAAUUGCUUCCCUGAGCCCAGACUUGGUCAUGAAACUAGAGGAGUGGAGUGAGCCCGAUCGUCUGGACAGCGUCGUUCUGGAGAAGACUGGACCCAGGGAGUUUCGGUUCAGACUAUAUGGUGCUAUGGUGUCCGACCGUGGAUUCUACUUCUGUGAUGUGACAGCUUGGACUCGUGAUCUGGGGAAGGCCUGGACCAAGGCUGUAAAUGCAGCAUCCAACAGAGUUCAGAUUUCCUUCACUGACACAGGUCCCUCCUUCAAUAUUUCCAUUCGCACGGAUGCAGCCAACGUCUAUCCUGGGGAGACAACCAAGAUGGAGUGCAUCCUGGGAUUGCUGGGAGGAGCUCCAAAUGCAGGUGCCGUGUCAUACGAGGUGCAGUGGUAUCUGAGCUCCCACCAUGCCUCUGCUGGUGCUACCCUGCUGGCCAGCAUGGACCGCUGGGGUGUGGUGAGGAAGAGCCCCAGGAACAGCAGCAGUGACUGCAGCCUGGAGCGGGCAGAUGCUCAGACGUUCAGGCUUAGUGUUCACCAAACACAGGACUUGGACGCUGGUGAAUACCACUGCAGAGCUACCCCUUGGUUGCGAUCACCUGCUGGCACUUGGACCAGGGGUAGUGAGCUUACCUCCACCCGGAUCUUCCUCAUUGUCCGUUUCGCUUUGUGGGACUCCAUGAAGCUGCCCCUGCUCUAUGGGCUUGGGGCCACCCUAGCGGUGGGCCUUUUCUCCCUUCUGCUAGGCCUUAUGUGUGCCCACUGUUGGUGCCGGAAUUCUUCACGCACGCCUCACCGCCUGCGCAGCAACCUCAUUGCCCUGGAAAUGGAUUAAGAGGAACUGCCUCCUAACCAGCAACAAAAGCUCAGUAGCAUCAUCUCACACCUGAGACUCUGCAGCAGAGUAAUGUGGAAAACUUGGGCUUGGCCUGCCACUGUCAGAAUGAUGCAGUAAACAUGUGGAUAUGGUACCUUCUGCCUUUACUCUAUGUAAUAUACAGAUGACUCUGCUAUGGACUAUUAAUGAAAGGAGGGACAAGUUGAUCGUAUAACUUUACUAAAGUCGUAGUGUAGUAUUUGGUCCAAUGAUGAAGGAAUAUCCAUCGGAACACAGCCUCUGCUCAAGUCCACAGAUUCCCAAUUGGUUUAAUUCCAGAAGACAAAGAUAGAAAUAAAGAUAACAAAUUCAAGGACAGUCACUCAGCUUACUGUUGUCCAUAGAAGGCACUGCCCUGUUCUACUUGGGCCGUUGGCAAAAUGAGCAAAGUACACGUACUAGAGCACAGGCGUCAAACUCCAGUCCUGGAGGGCCAGAGCCCUGCAUAUUUUUGGGUUUCCCCUCAUUUAACACACCUGAUUCAACUCCUUGUGCUAAUCACCACACAGCUCUUGAGCUGAAUCAUUUGUGAUGGAUCAGGAAAAGAACUAAGCUACAGAGGGCUCCGGCCCUCCGGGACUGCAGUUUGACACCCCUGUACUAGAGUAUAGGACUGUGGCACAAGCUGAUUUGUGUGCAUCAGUGCACACAUGCUACACGCAGGCACCACACAUACAUAUACUGUGUGAGCAGCAAGUGAGUGCCUGUCAGCCUCUCCUGAGCCAAAGGCUGCAUUUAUGGCAGCAUUUUUAUGUGUGAUUGAGUUGACUGUUCUGUAUUUUUCUUAGUCUCAUUGUUUUAUCAUCUUCAGGUUUGCAACUCAGUGUAAGGUUCUCAUUUAUUUUAUAAAUCAUAAGUAAAUAUUGAAGACUUUUUUUCUUAGGAUUUUGUACCUGAACCUGUGUUUUUUUCUACCUCUUGGGAGAUUCGUCUGCCUUUUUUAUUUGCUUGCUUGUUUUUUUUUUGUAGACUUUGUCAAAUAAUCUUCACUGCUCUCAGAAAUUGAUAUCACAAUAAGAUAUAUUACACUUUCAUCUUUGCAGCCCAUACAAAAAAUAUUCCCAGAGUUUUCUCAUUAAUUUAGUUUUAUUAGGGAGCUUAAUGUAUGCUAAACAUGUCAGGAAAACAUCUGUAUGUUGGUUACAUAGCAUAUUAACAGUUAAGCUUUCAAGUUCUGUUAAAUUUAGUUUUUGUUUCUGUCAUUAAAAGAGACAUUUUAAAUGUGUUAA